AUGAUAUCAUUCUCAUUUCGGUGUCGGGCUGUUGUUCGCGACCCUGCGUCGCUCUCUGCCGAGGUGAACCUGUCUUAUUCCCCAUAUGGUAUCCGCAGUUUGCAGAUACUAUGGGUCACUGGACGGGCUAUGGGCAUCUUAAUAUCCGUCCAAGGUCACUGCACCGAUGUCGACUCGUCGAAUGGCCCAGAGCCUCUUUACACGCCUGUGAAAUGUCGCACUCGGAAGGACUUUUGGAUCCGAAAGGUUUGCAUUAAUUCCUGCUGCGCGUCUCCGCGCUUCCCUGGGCAGACAGGCGAUUUCUCAGCCGCCCAUCCUCUUUGGUCAGCCCGGCCUGAAGAAAUGCUUGCUUACACAUGGCGCUCGCCAAACCUCGGAAACAACGGAAUCGUUACAUGUGGCGACAGAUUCAGCCACACUGUCACCAAUGUCCAGGUCAUCUUACGUCUCGCCGGUCUCUCGAGGGCUCCACAGCGCAAGCCUCACUGCUCAGUAAUGCUCAUCUCAAUGUUGCCGCUGUAUUGUCUACCGCCUAGAGUUCACGACCCGAGCGUCCCGUCGUCGUAG